CGAGCGAGCAAGGCACGAAAAAAGCGACCUUCCGUGAGACGUUGCAUCACAAUCUCAUCAUAUUGUUUUUUCUUUCCUACCAAGAAAGUAAGCCGUUUUGCAAAACUUUCGAGAAAGUGUUUUCAUUGUCGUGCAGAUCAAACAUCAAGGAACAUUAUUUGCUGCCAAGCCACAAACAAAAUAUGCGCAAUUUGCCGGUGAAAGACGAAGCUCGCUGCUGUUGAUAUCGUUUUUGCUGUAGAAAAUGAAACUGUUCACCAAUUCGCUGGUGCUGCGGAAAAUCAAUCGAUAUCUGCACAAGAAUGUUAAGGAUCAGUCGCCGAACAUUUUGCGACUUUGGGCCACCCAGUGUGAGUUUGUGUUUGCCCAGCAGUUGAGACGGAGCCAGCAGAUAUUUACGCUUUACGCAAAAAUUUGGGAAGAACGAGCUCUCCGGGAGCUGCUGAAACGCUUUCGUGGCCAGGUGCAACGACACGCCAAGGGGUUCCUCCUAUCGUCUGCCACCCUGCUCGCAUUUGAUUGGGAUCGGGAACGAAUCGAGUUCGAACAGGUGAAGGACUACUUUGACGAUUUCAACUUUCUGGAGCGUCUGCAGAAGGAGACCAUCUUCUGUCCGAGGUGCCAGAAGCGGAAAGAGAUUGACUGCCGAGUGGAAGGAGUUCGGUACUGCAGCUGUCCCCGCAAUGAUACCGAAAAGCCGCCGAAGGAACAGAACGAAUUCACCGCCUGGGAGCCGUAUAUCGAGCAGAAGGAUAUGAUCACUUGGCGUAAGGAAGUGAAAUCGGGACUCUAUGCCUACAAAGUUUUUGUAGAAUAUCCUGAUAUCACGGCGGAAGAUUUCCUACAUGUCCAAACCGAUGUUGAGUAUAGGAAAAAAUGGGAUAAUACUGCGGUCAGUUUGGAAGUGAUCGAUGAGGAUACUGCCAAAGGCUCCAAUAGCCACAUUAUUUAUUGGGAAAUGUUGUGGCCGAAACUCUUCGCCAAUCGUGACUAUGUGUACAACAGACGCUAUUUCGUAGAUCGUUCCAAGAAGGUGAUCCUGAUUGUGAACAAAAGUGUGCAGCAUCCUAAAUGCCCCGCCAAACCGACCAACCAGCGGGUGAAUGAGUAUUGGAGCUUCAUGGUCAUCAAACCAACCAGUUCAUUUAACAAACCUGGCGUAUCAUUCAUCCUGACCUAUUUCGAUAAUCCGGGACUUUCGAUACCGAAGUACAUCACAAAUUGGGUUGCCAGAAAACAAAUGCCCGAUUUCCUAAGUCAGCUGCACAAGGCGACUCUGAAUUAUGCAGCCGCGAAAAAGCACAACGAAACGAGGAUUGUGGAAUUCUGGGACAAAUACCGAGACCCAGGCUUCGAGUACCCCCCCGAUACGCUGACCGGAUUUACCAAUGAGGAUUAUUUGCAGGCACAAAACAAAAACGAGGAACGAACUAGUCUUCAAGCAGCCAAUCCGCAAUCCCACCUGAAGACGGAAGUCGAUGAAGAACCCAUGACCCAACGAAGCGAUGCCACGAAGUCUGGAGAGAUCCAAAAGACCAGCCAAGCGUCAUCCCAGCUGGCGAGUACUACCAUCACGACCGCCACCACCACGGCCACCAUAUCAACAGAGGACUGUGGAGGAACCCCGAAAACAUCCUGGUGGGCUUAUCUCUACUCGUAUUUGUAUUUUGUAUGAGCACCUUUGCCGAUCGUCCAGGUGUCGUAUUGCUUCAUCAAUACGAUGAUUUGGAUGGUAUCAACGUUUCGUUUUUGUGAAUGAUUUCUACUACUCGUUGGAUGAAAAAUGAAUAACAUUACUCAGUACAAUGCUCUCCUGGUAUUAUCUUGCAAUAUACAUAAAGUUCAGAAUGUAGACAACGAAGCGGUAUAAAUAGUACUAAAGGUCCUCAUUUCAUUUGACAGUAUCGCGAGUACCACAGUUGGGAAUCGUUUAUCAAUAGCCACUAUUGUUGAACUUAGCUCUCAACGCAGGUCAGUGUUUCUUGAUUGAAUUUUGAGAAAGGGAAACCGAACUUUGUGCCGACUGACGUGACACAUGAUCGAUUGCACGGCUCAACACCUGAGGACAAGAAAGACAAACAUUUAAACGUAAUUACUCUCCGCAUGUAGCGCAUACCAAAAUAUUGUUAUUUAUUCUACAAAGUGUUCUAAGGAUACUAAGAAAGCAUGAAAUCAAGUCGAACAACAAUGCAAUAAUUCACCUCUAUUUUAAGGAUUCAUGAUUCGGAUGUUUUUGUGCUUUGUAAACAUACAAUUAUUGUUUUAGUAUAGUAGUGUAAGAAUCAACAAGUUUCUGUUAAGCCAGAUUUCAUCGAUUUUGCUAGAAGAUUAUGAUUCUUCUAUCUAUAGCGAUACUGUGUUCUCACAAACAAAAGUGCUACAAUUAUAUUAGGACGUAGAUAUAA